AUGGAUUCCAGCGAGAAUGUUGCCGAUUUGAAGGCCAAGGACAAUCUCGAAGCACCCAACUAUGGCGACUCGACGGUCUCUGGGACCGGGAUUCUCUCUGAAGAAGAAAACAAGCGACUGCGGCUGAAAGCAGAUCUGGUCGUCUUACCAAUAAUGGUAAUAACAUCGACUCUAGCUUUUCUUGACAAGAAUGGAAUGGCAUACGCAGCAGUCUACGGAAUGAAGACAGAUGCCAACCUAAAAGGCCAGAAAUAUAGCUGGCUCGGCUCAAUCUUUUAUUUUGGAUAUCUCGGCAUGGAGUUUCCUGCUCUAUGGUUCUUGACCAAGGUACCUAUAGGAAAAUACGUUGGAGCUAUGCUCUUCUGUUGGGGAGCAUGUCUGUGCGGUAUGGCAGGCUGUAACAAUUUUGCUGGCCUUGCUGUAGUGCGAUUCUUGUUGGGUGUAUUUGAGGCUGGUAUAUUGCCAUGCUUCAUGGUCCUCACCUCAGUAUGGUACUCGAGAAACGAGCAGCCGAUUAGGACGGCUCUAUGGUACAAUACUUUUGCUGGUAUUUUUGGAGGCAUUCUAAGUUAUGCGAUUGGGCAUAUAUCUGGCCCUUUGGCCGCCUGGAAGUACAUCUUCCUGAUUUACGGUACUGUCACAAUGCUGGUUGGUAUAAUCACGAUUUUCCUGCUGCCCGACUCUCCAAACAAAGCGUGGUUCUACAGCAAGGAUGAGAGGAAGCUAGCAACAAUGCGCACAGCUCACAACCAGACUGGAAUUUCGACCAUCAAUACAUGGAAAGUAGCACAUGUACGUGAAGUCCUCCGCGACCCCAAAUACUGGUGCGUCGCUAUAUACGUGGUUGCACAGUCCAUCACCAACGCCGGUAUCACCAAUUUCAAUCCAUUGAUUAUCUCCGGUUAUGGGUUCUCACAAACCAAGACCACACUUAUGGCAACCCCGCAGGCUGCUGUAGCCUUUGUCGCUCAGAUAAUAGCCACUUCGAUUACUUUCUUGGUACCAAACAUACGCUGCCUUCUCUGGGUGUUGUCAUGUUUUCCGGCAUUGGCAGGUUCGGUUAUGAUUCAUACCUUGGAUAUCAACUCGAACAGAACUGCCUCUCUGGCUGGAGUGUACUUGAUGGGCUUCUAUAACGUCUCUUGGGUGUUGGUUUUGAGUCUCCAGUCUUCCAACAACGCCGGCACAACGAAGAAGACAUUUAUUUCUGUCUCCGUUGCCGUAUUUUACUCAAUUGGAAAUAUCGUCGGGCCCCAAUUUUUCCGCACAUCUCAGUCUCCGCAUUAUCCAUUAGGCAUCUUCGCAAUGAUGGUCUGUUUUGCGAUCAUGGCAGUCACGGGAGGCAUAUAUUGGUUAGACCUCUCCCCAUUCAGUCUAGGAAAUAAUACUAACGAGCUGCAGUCUUUGUGUCUCUUCGAGAAUAAACGACGAGAUCGUGUGUACGGUCUACCCGACACUAACGAAGUCGCCUUGGGCUUGCAGGUUGAGGCAGAAGACAGGACGGAUGGGGAAAACAUCAAUUUUCGCUAUGUAUACUAA